AUGCAGCUGAGGGCCAAAGGGCCGAGCAGACUCGGGCGAAGCAUCUUAGGGUCGAGCAGUCUCGGCCGAACAAUUUCGGCCAAGAUGCCGAUCACGCGCUGGCUGAACGAGGUCGGCCGAGCACUUCUCGCAUGUGCUUUUCUGGCGCAGAUCGCGCAGGCCGGCUGCCGAUCGGCCACCGGCGCAGCAGGUCGUGGCAAGACAGGCCGCAGCAUCCCGCGGCACGAACCAGCAUGCCCGCAUCUGCCGCCGACCCCAGAAGAGCUGGCGUUCUCGAAGCCCGACAAUCUGUGUGCAUACAUGUGCACUGAUAUUGUCGGAGUAUUGGCCUCGCUGGCCUCCCCCGGUGCACAAUGA